UACUCUACAACAGGUUAAAACUUGAGCAACAGAAAGUGUCGCACAUAUGUAAACUCCUUUCAUUAUUAUUAUUAUAUUAUAUUCAACUCAAUGACGAUACCCACAGCUUAAAUUCACUUUGAUAAAUCACACCCCUCCUGCCUCUUCAUCAUCUCAAUUCUUGAAACAACAAUGGCGGAGAAGCAAGAACAAGAAGAUUCGAAGAACGAGUCUAAACCAUCUUUUAUUGAGGUUGUGUGCAAGAGCUCAGGGAAAGUGAGAAGGUUUGCGCCUGGAACUGAUGCCGCUUUUGCGGUGAGUCUAAUUAACAAAAAGCUGCUUCUUGAUGGUGUCAGCAGCCGCCCGCAGCUUGCCUCGCAUAUCGAAGCUGUUAAGCCCGGGAAUGAUUCGGAGGAGCCUAUCAGUUUUGGCCCGACUGCGCCUCUUGUCAAUUAUGGCCCUCCUUGGGUUUUGCACACUGUUGUUGCUCAAUCACACAAACUGAAAACAACUGUGAAGGACAGUGAAGGCUCCCGUUCUGCAGAGACGGAAUCAAAGCUACCACUUUUGUAUAUUGCAAAGAUAGUUCUUGCUCUUCUUAUAGUUUUUGCCAUCGGGACGAUAUUGAUGCUAUUUCUUGAGAACCUUCCCGCUUUGCUCUUGUAUAUUCAGUAUAACAUGUGACUUCAAUGAUAUUAAUGGUCUACCUUUUAUCUGCAUUUGCUGUAAGACUUGUCUGUCCAAAUAUCAUGUUAAUGUUUUGAACGUCUGGUAGUACAUAGGCUGAACUGCAAGUUCUUUAUCUGUUCAUAGCUAGUUUUAUUCUGCUUUUGUGUAAGAGAUGAAAAAGAGAUGGCUUUACUCUGUUGUUGAUUUUUUAUUUAAGACUAACUUCCCUUA